ACAAAAAUUGCGAGCAAGUUUUGAGUUGCAUGUUAUCCCGCGCAUGGCAUAUGCUUCUUUUGCGCUCUCUAAUGGCCACUCCUAUGCAACUUUUCCACACCUCUUCCUUUUUGACUCAUCGCCCUGUAUCAACCCAAGUAAAAAUCUCUAGUUUCCCUCAAAAACCCAUCAACGCACCUUCUCUCAAAGAGAUUUGCGAGCAAGGAAGCCUUAAGGAAGCUUUUCAAGAAUUGACAGUUUCCUCCUGUGGCCAAAAUUUACCUGACUUUUACCCAGAUGAGACUUAUGUGCCACUUCUUGAGCUUUGUGCGAGAAAGAAUGCUCUCUCUCAGGGGCGACAAAUUCAUGCCCACUUAAUAAAGUCUUUUGCUGUCUGUGAGUCGGUGUUUCUGGGCACUAAGCUUGUCUUUAUGUAUGGUAAGUGCGGGUCACUUGAGGAUGCAGAGAGGGUGUUCGAUGGAAUGCGUCAAAGAACGAUUUUUACAUGGAAUGCUAUGAUAGGGGCUUAUGUUUAUAAUGGGGAACCCUCACGUGCUCUUGAAACCUAUUGGCAGAUGCGGGUUUUGGGAGUUCCUCUUGAUGCUUGUACUUUUCCGGGUGUGCUUAAGGCUAGUGGUGUGCUUAAAAGUAUUCAUUUUGGUGCUGAAAUACAUGGGCUGGCUAUCAAAUGCGGGUUUGAUUCUACUGUGUUUGUUGCUAAUUCGCUGGUUGCCAUGUAUGCAAAGUGUGAUGAUCUCUGUGCAGCAAGGGGGGUAUUUGACAGAAUGCCUCAGCAAAAUGAUGUUGUGUCAUGGAAUUCCAUAAUUGCGGCAUAUUCUGCUAAUGGGCAAUCCAUGGGGGCAUUGAGACUCUUUAGGGCCAUGCAAAAGGCUGGUCUUGACACAAACACUUAUACUUUUGUUGCUGCUCUUCAGGCUUGUGAGGAUGAUUCUUUUAGAAAACAGGGGAUGGAAAUUCAUGCGGCUAUUUUGAAAUCAAAUCACCAUUUUGAUGUUUUUGUGGCCAAUGCUUUAAUUGCCAUGUAUAUCAGGUGUGGGAAAAUGGCUGAGGCUGCAGCAAUUUUUGAUCAAUUGGAUGAAAAGGAUAAUGUAUCUUGGAAUUCUAUGCUUACAGGCCUUGUCCAAAAUGGUAUGUAUACUGAGGCUUUACAAUUCUUCCAUAAAUUUCAAGAUGCUGGUCGAAAACCUGACUGGGUCUUAGUAAUAAGCAUAAUUACAGCUUGUGGCCGGUUGGGUAACCUGUUGAAUGGAAAGGAGAUGCAUGCUUAUACAAUAAAACAUGGACUUGAUUCGGAUUUGCUAGUUGGAAAUACACUUAUAGAUAUGUAUUCAAAGUCUUGUUGUCUGAGUUAUAUGGCUUAUGUUUUUGAUGAGAUGCCUGAUAAAGAUUUCAUUUCAUGGACAACAAUAAUUGCUGGCUAUGCACAAAACAAUUUUGGUAAAAAGGCUUCAGAUUUAUUCCGGGAAGUGCAAUUAAGAGGCAUGGAGGUGGAUGCAAUGAUGAUAGGAAGCAUACUGCCAGUUUGCAGUUCAUUGAAAUGCAUGUCUCAAGUGAAAGAAAUUCAUGGGCACAUCUUAAGAAGAGGCAUAUCUGAUAUUGUGCUACAAAACACAAUCAUUGAUGUUUAUGGAGAGUGUGGAAACAUGGAUUAUGCUGUCCGAAUGUUUGAAUCUAUUGAAUUCAAAGAUGUUGUUUCUUGGACAAGCAUGAUAUCUGCUUAUGUCAAUAAUGGUUUUGCAAAUGAGGCUCUUCAAUUGUUCCACUUAAUGAACAAAACUAAUGUUCAACUUGAUUCUGUAGCACUGGUAACUGUGCUCUCUGCUGCUGCUAGUUUAUCUGCUUUGAAGAAAGGAAAAGAAAUCCAUGGCAUUGUUGUGCGGAAAGGCUUCAAUGUGGAGGGAUCCCUAGCUACCUCUCUUGUGGAUAUGUAUUCUCAUUGUGGAAUGUUAGAAAAUGCUUGUAAGGUAUUUAAUGCUAUUUUUAAUAAGGGCCUAGCUCUAUGGACCAGUAUGAUAAAUGCAAAUGGAAUGCAUGGCCGUGGAAGAGCAGCAAUUGAUUUAUUCAAUAAGAUGGAGGAGGAAAAAAUCAUUCCAGAUCAUGUAACCUUCUUGGCCCUUCUAUAUGCAUGCAGUCAUUCAGGUUUAACUAAUGAAGGUAGAAGAGUUUUUGAAUUAAUGAGAUAUAAGUAUCAGUUAGAGCCAUGGCCAGAGCACUAUGCUUGUCUGGUUGAUCUUCUUGGUCGUGCAAAUCAGUUGGAAGAGGCGUGUGAAUUUGUGAAAAGCAUGCAAGCUGAACCUACUGCUGAAGUCUGGUGCGCACUCCUCGGGGCUUGCCAGGUUCACUCCAACAGUGAAGUGGCUAACCUUGCAGCAAGGAAACUUUUAGAGCUGGAGCCAGAGAAUCCAGGUCACUAUGUGCUCAUAUCUAAUGUCUUUGCUGCAAGAGGAAGGUGGAAAGAUGCUGAAGAAGUGAGAAUGAGAAUGAAGGGAGGUGGUCUGAAAAAAAAUCCUGGAUGUAGUUGGAUUGAGGUGGGGAAUAAGGUUCACACUUUCAUGGCAAGAGACAAGUCUCAUCCAGAGUAUGACGAGAUUUAUCAAAAGUUGGCUCAAAUAACUGAGAUAUUAGAAAAGGACGGAGGUUAUGUUGCUCAAACGAAGUUUGUUUUGCACAAUCUUUUAGAGGAAAAUCAGAAAGUUAAGAUGCUACAUGGGCACAGUGAAAGGUUGGCAAUUGCAUAUGGUCUGCUUAAGACUCCAGGGCAAACAUCUAUUCGAAUAACAAAGAAUCUUCGUGUCUGUAGUGAUUGUCAUACUUUCUGUAAAUUAGUUUCAAAAUUCUUUAAACGAGAUCUUAUUAUCAGGGAUGCCAAUAGAUUUCACCAUUUCCAGGGUGGGGUCUGUUCCUGUGGAGAUUUCUGGUAACUGUUCCAAUUAUGUAGGUGAUCUAUCUUCUGCCUCAUUCCUCCUGCUGGCAUUAGAUUCACUCAUUAGUGAAUAAGCUACAGUUCCAUUUAUCACUGCCUGGUGCUCCUGUCAAGUCAUAUUAAUUGACUUUACGGUGAAGAAUGUGGAGGGCUGAUCUUAGCUCCUACUUACUAGUUUUCUGAGGUAGAGCAACAUCUCAACAUAUGUAAUCAGAAUGUUCCUGGAAAGUACAUGGACACUGGAUUGUUUAUUCUUCAAAAGUACAGGAUUUCUGUUCAAGUGCUUCAGUAUUUAGCCUUGACAUUUGACACUACUAACAAGAUAACUGCCAAAUGAUUCAAUUGAGAAUGUGAUGAAAGACUAUGGUUUUGAGAGUUUCUGAUGUCAGAUGCCACAUGAAAUGAGAUGAUCAAAGCUGGGUGGUUGGAGUGAAUUUAAUGUUCUUUCCUCCAAGGAGACAGGUUUGCCCUGUCUCCGAGUUACCGAUGGACAAUAGGAAAAGGCAGAAGAUUGUUGUUUAGUUCACAUUGCACAGGACCACAGCUACUAAAAAUAAGAAAAAGAUCUGCUGCAGCUGCGUAUACACACAAUGUUAACUAAAGGAUAGGAGAAGGACAAGGGGCAAAACCUGCUUGCUUCUAUUUGUAAAGACAACUCAAGGUUCUGGUACAUAUUGAUUAGCCCUUACUCAAAAGUAAUUGCGUUCAUCCUUAUUAGGAAAGUGUUGUAAAUUUGAACCAAAAUCAAUAUUCAAAUGCAUU